CGCGUCCGGCAACAUGGAGGCCGAGGAGUCGGAGCGGGCGGCCAGCGGGCCUGAGCAGCCGGAAGGCGCAGAGCACGGGGCAGAGGAGGAGCAGGGGGAGCUGGAGGGAGCGGCUGGCAGCAGCAGGAAGCGGGUAGUGCCGGGCAUAGUGUACCUGGGCCACGUUCCGCCGCGCCUCCGGCCCCUGCACGUGCGCAACCUGCUCAGCGCCUACGGCGAGGUGGGGCGCGUCUUUUUCCAGGCCGAAGACCAGUUCGUGAGGCGCAAGAAGAAGGCGGCAGCUGCAGCGGGAGGGAAAAAGCGACCCAAGUACAGCAAGGACUACACCGAGGGCUGGGUGGAGUUCCGGGACAAGCGUGUGGCCAAGCGGGUGGCGGCCAGUCUGCACAACACGCCCAUGGGUGCCCGCAAGCGCAGCCCCUUCCGUUAUGACUUAUGGAACCUCAAGUACUUGCACCGUUUCACCUGGGCCCACCUCAGCGAACACCUCGCCUUCGAGCGCCAGGUGCGCAGGCAGCGCCUACGAGCAGAGGUUGCCCAGGCCAAGCGAGAGACUGACUUCUAUCUUCGCAGUGUGGAACGGGGACAGCGCUUCCUUGCCACCGACGGGGACCCUGCCCGCCCGAAUGGCUCUUGGACAUUUGCCCAGCGUCCUACUGAACAGGAGCUGAGGGCCCGGAAAGCUGCACGGCCAGGGGGACGCCAGAGGGCCCGCCUGGCUGCUGCCCAGGACCAGGCCCGCUCCAACCGAGGUCUUUUGGCCAAGAUCUUUGGAGCCCCAGUGCCCUCAGAGAGCAUGGAAGGACCAUCCUGAGGGGCAGGGAGGUCCCUUGCAUCUCCUGCCCUGCCUUGCCCUACCCAUCCUCUACCUCCUACUAGAAGAAUGACAGCUGCCCAGAGACGUUUUGGAGUUUUGUCCCAGGAGUGUCUGGCGAGGGCCCAGUCAUGGAAGUUGUGUGGGCCUCACCCUGUCCUCAACUUUUGUACAUAGUUGGCUGCAACACCUAAUUCAUGUUAGUGUGGUAUGACUACCACAGGUCCUA